UUGAUAUAAUUUAAGUGAUCUCGCUAAACGUCGUUAUUAUGAUAAUAUAGACAGUGUUAUAUAAAUACAUGUAGCGGGCCAGUUGGGAUGUGUAUGAUUCAAGAGGAAGGGGCGUGCAGGAUCAUUUCAUCCAGUAGGACAAACUUCCUAAAAAUAUCUCCAGCCCUAGAAAACUGAAGCGCAAUGGCUACAGCUCCACCAAUAAUAACUCAACAGAUUCGGUCUGGACCGUCUGGACAGGAGAUCACAAACGAUUCACACGAUCUGUGUGACGUCAGUGACUGUUUUAUAUAUGAUCGACAUGGAGUUAAGACAACUUUUCAGAGUUUGUUUCAACACAGAAAAGCAAUAAUCAUCUUUGUGAGGAAUUUCUUGUGCUUCACAUGCAAAGAAUAUGUAGAAGACUUGGGCAAAAUACCUCGGGAUAUGCUGCAGGAAUCUAAUGUGAGAUUGGUAGUGAUUGGGCAGUCCUCGUAUUCUCAUAUUCACGAAUUCUGCUCUCUAACAGGCUAUCCUCAUGAAAUAUAUGUUGAUUCAGAAAGACAUAUUUACAAAAAACUUGGAAUGAGAAGAGGAGAGACGUACAUGGAGAACUCUUACAAAAGUCCACAUGUGAAAUCCAGUUUGCUUGUUGGCAGCCUGAAAAGUAUGUGGCGUGCCAUGACCAGCCCUCUUUUUGACUUUCAAGGAGAUCCACAGCAGCAAGGUGGAGCCAUUAUUGUAGGCCCAGGUCCGAAGGUUCAUUUUGCCCAUUUUGACAUGAAUCGUUUAGACCACAUGCCAAUAAACUGGUUGCUUCAAUUAGCAGGUCUUCAAAUGUUGGACUUCAAUGAUUCCCCCAAAAUCAUUGAUAUCUAAACUAAAGGAACUGAUAAGAUCUGAGUUUGUAACUGAUAGAAUGCUUAAUAUGACUGUAUAUAUUUUUGUUUUAUAUAUUUUGUGUUUUGAUAGCAGCAAUCUAUUCCACUGCCCUAUAUUUUAUUUCUGCAUUACAACCAAAGAUCUAGAAUUUUUGUUUUUAUUUAAGUUAUGGGGUGGUAACAAACACAUUGCAAAGAAUUUAAAAAACACCUUUAUUUAAUUUUAUGACAUGUCCACUAGUGGACAAUGGGAUUUUAAUGUUCUGAAUUACAUCCAUCUUGAUUUAGUAUUUUUGCCAUUUAAUUAAAUGUUCAUGUUUGUUUUAUUUUUACAUUCAUUUUUGUUUUUAAUUUCAUUUUCACCACAGUGUGCAAUUAAAGGUUAUGAGUUUUAAAUGAGAUGAUGAUAUUUUCUGUAGCAUUCUGACUUCUCAGAGACACAUAUGAACAUGUUGCUUUUAUUCCAUCUCACAAAUCUUCUGCUUUGCGUUCGGGCUUCUGCAUCUAUAAACGUUUUGUAAAUAAUUUAAAGCGAAUCCAAACCCAUAUUUCCAAAUUCUCUCAUCUGGGUGUGGCUUUCUUUUAAUUAUUUUAGUAACACUUUACAAUAAGGUUGUAUUUGUUAACAUUAGUUAAUGCACAAUAACCUAAACAUGAACAACUGUAUUAACAUUAACAAAGAUAAAUAAAUGCUGAUAAACUAUAUUGCUCAUUGUUGGUUCAUGUUAGUUAAUGUAUGUAAUAAUGUUAACAAAUACAACUUUAUUAUAAAGUGUUACAAAUUAUUUUAUUCAAAAACUUCUCAGCAUCUAUCAUAGAACAUGAAACAAACAUAAGAACAAAGGUGUCCACUAUAAAGCACAUCAAAUAAAAGUUGUGUUU